AGUCCACCACGCAGGACUUGUCAUCGUCCCCGACGUCCACAUCGCUGCUGCCGGCCUGGGGCGAUCCGUCCUCUUCCUCCCUCUUCAGGAGGUGGACAGCUCAUCACUUCCCAUGUUUCUCAGCUCAGACGAUGGACUGUCGGCCUGCUGCCUGUCAGUGACUUCUUCUGAUGAGGGGAAAAAAACUCUCCUCCUGGUGACUGUGCAAGAUGCUUCUGAGAGGAGAGCCGUGUUUCUCCAGAUCCAGGAUGUCCCCCUGAUAGAGCUCCUUUGUAACCUCUGUAUCCAUGGAGACACCAGAGCCUGGGCCAGCAGAUGGAGAGGAGCGUCUGGUAGAGCUGCGACCUCGGACACGCUCCAACCCUGAAGGUGCUGAGGACCGCCGCAGCAGCACAGGCAGCCUGGGCGGUAACAGUAACCCAAACAUUUCCCAGCCUGCGGUGGGGAGUCGGGUGGAGGGGGAGGGGGAGGCUUCGACCAGCGACAGUCCUCCGAGUUCUACCACCACGACUGUCUCAACAGCUGCAGCUCAGACUGUAGUUCCUCCUGCAGCUGCAGUGGUGGCUGCAGCCGGUGCAGCUGUGCCCCUGUCUACUGCUACUGUUGCAGCAAAAGAGAGGCCGAAGCCCACACAGCAGCAGCCCACGCUGACAACCUCUGUCCCUCCACCAGCAGAGUACCAGCUCCGUGUCCCCCGUGUCAACUGCCCAGAGAAAGUGAUUAUCUGCUUAGACCUUUCUGAGGAGAUGUCAUUGCCGAAGCUAGAAUCUUUUAAUGGGUCUAAAACAAAUGCCCUGAACGUAUGUCAGAAGAUGAUUGAGAUGUUUGUCAGAACUAAACACAAGAUCGACAAAAGGCAUGAGUUUGCCCUGGUUGUUGUCAAUGACGAUGCCCUAUGGUUGUCAGGCUUCACCUCUGACCCCAGGGAGCUGUGCAGCUGUCUCUAUGAUCUGGAGACUAACGUGUGCGAGACCUUCAACCUGGAGGAUCUUCUUAAUGUAAUCCGGCAGAAGAUUGAGCUUCCGUUGAUGGAGAAUGUUCAGACCAUCCCACCACCUUUUGUGGUGCGGACCAUGCUCAUCUACAGCCGACAAGCAGGGCAGCUUCAGUUCAACCCUUCUGAGGCUGUUAGUAAAAUGCUACAGUCUCCAUAUUUUUUCUUUGAUGUGGUAUAUCUACACAACGGGGUGGAGGAGCAGGGCGAUGAGACAAGCUGGAGGGACAACUACACCUCUUUCUGCAACCUGGACUCGAAGGGAGUGUGUUAUCGCUUUGAGGUUUCCCUGAGCGGACCUGCCAUCGAGCUGCACAACUGCAUGGCCAAACUUCUGGCCCACCCCUUACAGAGACCCUUCCAGAGUCAUGCAUCGUACAGUCUGCUCGAAGGGGACGAUCCCCAGGACAUUGAGGCAACAGUCUAAAAACGAGACGCACUCACAAAGCACUGCUUCUCUGUGAAAUGUACGCACUGUAGUUCAACAGAAAAAGGCCUGGGGGGGGGGGGGGGUUCCCAAAUACAACUUAUUACUGAGGGCUGUUUCCCAUUUCCUGCGACAGAGGAAUAAUUCUAAAAAAGGUGACUAUCAACACUAUCUUUGUGUUACAGUAAAUGAGUCAUUUAUUGUUCUAUGCUGGGAAAUAAUAAAACGAUCUGGUUGUUAGCGGAAAAAAACUGAGUUUUCUGAAGGAAUCCUGGGGAUAAAGUGGAUGUUAGAGACUCUGGGAGAUGGAUACAAGUAAAAAGAGAUUAGGAAAGAAUAAAAAAGUAAAAUAGAACGGUUAAAGCAUAAAACUUUAUCACACAUACUCCCUUACUGUUUGUUUUCCCUCAAAUCUUAGACCACGCUGAUCUUGUGUUUGUCUUAAAAGAGGAAAUCAAACAUACUACAGUGUCGGUUAAAGUUUUCCACAGCAGGUCUUUUGGAACGUUAAAGUAAUCAUGUGUCAUGGAGGCUACAACUUUCUCCUUGUUCGUUAGUCGUUUUCCUUCUUUUGUUGCCUUUUUUAAAAUCUAUUUUGUUUUAUUUUACAAAGGGUUGUUUUUAAUAAGUGUUCAUGUGUCACUCCUGUAUGUUACACAGACAAUGAAAGUGUGUACAGUAAUAUAAAUGUGGCCUCAUUUGAUUUAAAUCGUUUUUCGUUGACCAGGAUCUCUGUGGCUUCAGCGGGUUGAUUGUGAAAAAGGCCCCUCGCACUUCUAGCUGCGCUUAAAACACAUUGUAUAGAUGAGCUUUUUGAAGCUGUUCCUGUAUAUUAAAAAAAGACAUAUGUUUCAUGUUGAUAUUCA